CAAAUUGCACUUUUGCUGAUAUGAAGGACUCAGCGUUUACUUCUUAUGACUGUAUUACCAGGCCUCUUAAAGUGAUCAAGCAUCAACUUGAACAAUCAUAUCGUUCUGAUUCGUCGACGCAAAAUGAAUUUGACAUUCCAACAUAUUUUCAAACCAUUUUCUCAACAGAAGAAAGCGUGCUUGAGAUACCUUCUUUAAAUGAUAUUCCCAUAUACGACAUUCCACACAAUUCGCUCGUACGUUUUCGAGCUAUGAUUCAGAACACGGGAUUUGGGCAUGAAAUGUUUGUAAGUUUUUACGAAACGUCGGACCAUAAGGGUAACAAGAAAUGGAAAUUUAACAAAUACUCGGAUGAUAUGGAUACGGAUGUAAUGUUUGACUUCGAUCCGAAUACACAAUAUAAUCGAUUUGAUGAGAGAUAUUUAUAUUAUUGCGAAUGUCCGUCGUUCAGUGAAAUAGGAACAGACAUUGAAGAAAUUGUGAGAUCGACGGCGAAUAUGCAUUUAGACAGUGGUAAGAAUGGGAAUGGAUUUAAAAAAGUCGCAUCCAAAUUUCCAUUUCCCAAUGAAGACCACUUUUAUGAAAAAGAUGAUUCUCUCAAAGUAACCGAUGUUGUUGAAUUUAUCGGUGUUCUUUCUCAUCCUAAAGAAUUAAGUGACGAUGGGCUAGAACAAGGCAAUGAAGAAUGUGGUUUUGAUGUUGCAUUCUCCAUUGUUCCUUGCAUCCAUGCGAUCUAUUACAGGACUCUUCAUAUGUCAGGAAAUCCGCUUAUAUCAUUUCAACUUACGGAUCCUUAUGAGAUACAACGUCGUUCAAUUCAUACACGAAGUUCGUUACUCCAAUAUAUUGCUGCCGCGUUUAAAGGCGAUCACUUGGUCGCAGAAUUUGUCUUGUUACAACUUCUAUCUAGAAUAUAUAAUCGACGCAAUGGUUUAACCCUUGGCAAGCUUAUAUUGAAUAUAAGUAACGUGCCAUCAUCUUCUAUUAUUACAAAUGGGAACUUAUCUUCAUCUUCCAAUUUGGGCCUAAUUCACUCGAAUAUGUUUACCAAACGUGUUUCCGCUGUUCUUUCUUCACUUUUGCCAAAAUAUCAUGAUCUUCCACUAACUCUUUCGACUCUCAACGAGCUCUUUUUUUAUCCACGAGAUAACGAUAAGUUGGAUUCUGGGAUUCUUCAAGUCAGCCAGGGAACUUGGUUUUUGAUUGAUGAAACUGUUAUGGAAGAAGGAAAGCUUGAUGACAUUGGCGUUCGUAAUCUACAGGCUUUGAAUGAAAUUCUGGACAAUCAGAAACUCAAAUAUGCAUUUCCGUUUAGCGAUUUUGAGUUUGAAACUGAUAUUGGAGCAAUUAUAUUGUCGAAUGCUAGAUCGUUUUUACCAUGUGAUUGUAUUAUUCCUUUACAACCUAAUGAUGAAGAAACAAUAAUGUUUGAAGUACAAGAAGACAUCUUAGCAGAAUUUAGGACAUACCUUAGUAUUCUCCGAUGCGCCGAAUAUUCUAUUCCUGAGAGUGUUUCGGAGCAUAUUCAAAACGAGUUCGUCAACCAACGAAAAAACGCCUCAAAAACUGGACAACCGUUGGUAACUCAAACUGACCUGUUACUGCGAAUGACUUUAGCAAGGUUGGUAACGUUAAGCUUUGGUCAAUUGGAACUAACACCAGAAUUAUGGGAUUAUACACAAAAGUUGGAUGAGCAACGAAAAAUGCUGUGCCGUUAUGAGUUUAUAAAUAUGAACGCUGUCGGAAGAAAACCGAACUUCUGA